GUGGUCGGGGCGCUCCUGUCAACGCUUGCCUUUUGGUCAUGUACUAUGCGCAUCUGUCAGGCUGGCAAUCAAUGCAGCCUCUUCGCAUAUCCUCUUGUCUGCAUCCUGCCUGCCUGCCUGCCUGCCUCGCAGGGUGCUCAGGCAUGCCGCUCGAGGUGAUAGGUCAACCUCGGCGGACAAGCGUGCCGCAGUUCCCAUGCGGAUAUUGCAAUGCGAGUAUGCCUUGCAACGAGAUGUGUUUGCAAUUGCAGGGGAACUAUCCGGACGAGCCGAAUCUGAAUCUUUCCGGGGCCACCUCUGUGACUUUUCCCGCAGGCCCCGUGUCCUGUUCUCUGCGGCAGUCCGUCAUUAUUAAUCCUCCCGAGACGAGGAUAGCCAGCCAGCCAAUCCCGCCGCGCGACAUCGCUGCUUGUUGCUCCGGCCUACGGAGGUCCUGGCCAGAUGUCACAGGCGCGAAUUGAUCGAAUGCCAUCAACACCAUGACCGCAAAGAGGGGCGGAUGGAGGGGCUGUCAGGGUGCGAUGUGGGCUGCCCCGCCAAACUGCGUCAUUCCAGCAAGGACAAACUAAGUAUACACUCAGCUUAUGAGAGCCCGAACCACCAGAUCGACACGGCUGGCUUGUCAGGGACCGUCAGAGCUCGACAUGGCUAUAGGUGAUGCAGCAGUCAGAACGGCUACUCUAGUGUCUAGUCUACCACAACAGCCACAUAUCGAGGGGUUCGCGCAAGGCGGCAGGGGCAGCUCCGGACAGGCUUAUCGAUUCACAUGUGUCCUGGCAACCUGGGGAUAAUAAAUAAGCUUGUCGGCAAGGUACGUACCGAUCCCCGAGCUAAGCUGCCAGCUGUAACCGUGGAAGUCAAAACUACACAGUACCGCCUAAAAGCCCGCAUGGCAACUUGUCCGGCAGGCAGACAGGCAGGCAGGCAGGCAGACUGGGAUCCACCCCAUCACUGUUGAUUGGUCGGGCUGGGAGUUUCUGAGAUGACCCAAGUCCCAUCGCGUUGCAAUCGUUUCCCUUCGCCUCACGAUACGCACCUGGCAACUUCCCAUCAUUCGGUCCAUCAACCAGCCAAGCGCUCACCAACAAAGCAGCAAACGCUGCGAAGUCUGACAUUCUGAACAUAUCGGUUGUUGGGGAGAGCGGGUAAACCGCGAGCAAAGUCUGUGUGACCCGGACUGGGCUCAUAGGUACGUGACAACGAAAACAAAACAAGCGUUCGUCAAAGGCACAUCAAAUUCAUCAUGUCCUACCCGGGACCCCCAGGUUUCGGAUCUCUACCUCCUCGACCGCCAGCGAGCAAGACCUCCGGCGGAUUCAAGCCGGCAUUCCCUCCCACCACGAGUGCUGCCCCGACCUAUGCUGCAAGCGCACCCUACUCCGGCGCCCCGUCCUACAGUGCCGCCCCCGUCUCAGCACCUCAGUAUGGCGCCGCCGCCUCCACCUACUCCUACCAACAGGCGCCCCCCGUAGGUGCCGGUCGCGGUGGCUACGGGGCAUCUAGCCAGUCUUAUAACUACUCAGCCAGCUAUGCGCAACAACCAGCGUACUACGGCGCGGCGGCUGCUGGAUCCUAUUCCACGCCGCCACAGAUCCGCAACCCUUUCCCACAGCCGGGUGCCGCCGCCUCUGCCGCCCCUACUGCCGCCUCUGCCGCGCAGAACCCGUUCGACCGCAGCGAUCCAAACUAUGACCCCGAGAUGGCUGCGCAGAUUGCGCAGUGGCAAAGCGCUUACCUACCCAAGGAGGGGGCAGAAGCUAAUGCCACCUCUGGGGCCAAGGCGGCGGGAGGCAAACCUGGCACUGCGGCCGGACCAACGUUCAAUGCGGAAAACGCCGCCAAAGCAGCUCAGGAAGGAGCUGCUGCCACUGCGGGCGACAAACAAAAGACGGUCUACCGAGAAGGAGGAGGCAAGAAGUGGGCCGACGACUCGCUCCUGGAGUGGGACCCUAAUCAUCUGCGAAUCUUUGUUGGUAACUUGGCGGGCGAAACGACCGACGACUCCUUGCUGAAGGCCUUUGCGCGGUGGCAGUCAGUGCAGAAGGCCAAGGUAGUGCGGGACAAGCGGACCAACAAGUCCAAGGGUUUCGGAUUCGUCAGCUUCAGCGACCCAGACGAUUUCUUCCAGGCGGCCAAGGAGAUGAAUGGCAAGUACAUUCAGAGCCACCCAGUCGUUGUGCGCAAGAGCACGACCGAGAUUAGGCCCACUGCUGUAAAGAAUGACAAGCGCAAGGGCAAGAACUACAAGAAGGGAGGCAACAAGUCUGGCAGCGGUGCGGGUAACGGUGACGAAGGAUACUCACCACACCUCGGGCCCCAGGCCGGAGGUAUCGUCAAGCCUGGUUCCAAGACCAAGGGCGGCAUGAAAUUCUUGGGUUGAGACUGUACGGGUAUCUACUCUUCAGCACCUACGGCAGGAUACGCGAUGCGGGGCCCGAACCAGCAUCGCUGAAUGGGAGACGUGGAUGAAAUUCGUCGAGAAAGAUUUAUGCUUCGUGAUGGGUAGAGAGGCCGCGCAACGAAAAGAGGCACCCAUCUCGCGUCCGGGCCAGGACAGGGACGGGGCAUGGCUAAUUUGAGAGAUGGGCUCGUUGCGCAAGACUAUCUGCAUCAUUGUUACUGUCAAUGAGACGAUGCUAAAGUAGAAUAGAAGGCCUUUUCGGCGCUAUCAGCAAUCGAUCCGGCCAAUUUGUGCAUGCGACUCCGGGACUACUGGGCAGACUUAUUAUAAGUUAGAUUGGAAGUGGUGGGAUGUUGCCCCUUCACCCCUGAACCCUGGAAAUGGACACCAGAAGGCCUGUUGUUAACCUGCGGCAGACAAGACUCAAGCAGGGCUCAGGACGGCAAGACAUCACUGGCGUAUUCUUGUCCGCAAAGCCCAUGUGCUUGAGCAUGCAAUCUACGUAGAGUUGCUGCCCCGGCUGGCUACCUAGUUAAUAACUCAUCAUCAAUUGCAUCUCCCCCCUGCACUGGCACAGGAGGCGACUGUGUCUCAGGUGCCGCCUGUCCCCCGGUUCAGCU